AUGGGUUCCAACGCCGAAUCCGCGUGGAGGCGUCUUAGCGUCGGCGUUGUGGGUGGCGGUAUCGGUGGUAUGUCCGUGGCCAUCUCACUCCGGCGCGCCGGACACGACGUAACUAUCUACGAGCGCAAUGACUUCGCCGGAGAGGUCGGUGCUUCGGUGUCGUGUGCCGCCAACGGCACUCGGUGGCUACACGAAUGGGGAGUCGACAUCGAGAAGGGUGACCCGGUCAUCCUCCGAUCACUCAUCAACCGUGACUGGAAGACCGGCGAACCUGUGAGUGUGUAUGAGCUUGGCGACUAUGAGGAGCGUUGGGGCUAUGUAUACAACAUGUUCCACCGCCAAUACAUGCACCGCAUGCUCAAGGACUGUGCCCUUCAGGAGGAAGGCGCUGGCACUCCGGUGAAGCUGCUCGUCAACCAUGCGUGCAAAGACAUCAACCUUGACACUGGUGUCAUCACAUUCGACAACGGCGUAACUGCCCAACACGACCUCAUCGUCGGCUCUGACGGCAUCGGCUCCGCCGUCCGCGGCAUCAUCGGUCUGCGACCGGAGAAGCGGCCCGCUGACUCCAGCUGCCUGCACGCCAACGUGAACACCGAGGACGCCGUGAAGCUCGGCCUCGUCGACUACUCCAAGCACAGCGCCCUCGAGUAUUGGGGCGGUCAGGAAGGCAAGUGGGACAAGAUCGUGCUGUCUCCUUGCAACGGUGGCAAGCUGUUGUCGUACUAUUGCUUCUUCCCGCGCGAAAAGGGAGACUAUGUCAAUCACUCAUGGGGCGGCGAAGACAGGCCCGUGGAGGAGUUGUUGGCGCCGUACCCGGAGUUGGACGCGCAGGUGAAGGCGCAUCUGGCUAUCGGUAUCGAGAUCCGCCCGUGGCGUUUGUGGGUGCACCAACCCUACCCCUACAUUGUCAAGGGCCGUGUUUGUCUAUUGGGAGAUGCUGGCCAUCCCAUGAUGCCCCAUCAAAGCCAAGGCGCUUGCAUGGCCAUCGAAGAUGCUGCAGCUUUGGGAAUCCUCUUCAGCCCAGCUUACUUCGGCGGUGACGUCGCCGAUACCCUCCAAGUCUACCAGGAGGUUCGCCUGCCUCGCGCCACCAAGGUUCAGGGUGCGUCCGCGAAGGCCGCUUAUAACAUCAAUGAGCGCAUCGGCUUCUCGAGCAACACCAACAUCCCGAACUACAAGGUCGAGGACGAGAAGAUCAAGCUGACCAUCGAGGAAAUGAACGGAUAUGACAUGUACAAGGAUAUCGAGGAAAAGCUGGCCGAGAAGAAGAAUGUGCCGUUUACUGACAAGUUCAUCUGUGGCUUGCCGAUCGGACUGAAGCUUUCGAAUGGGACCACGGUCAGCGCGUGA